AUGGAGGGACCAUCACUGGAGUCAACCAGCUCUCAGCACUUCCUUGCCGCCCUGUCAAUCACUCCCUCGGCAGUCAGCUCAUUGACGACGUUGUCAAUCUCACCUCGAUGGAUGUGGAGAGUCAUCAACAGAAUUCAUGAGUUCGCCGACUAUGUUGAGCACAUCUACCUCGAUAUGGAGGAGCUACCGUCGUCAGAGGACCCCUACGCUGUGAGUCAUCUCGAUCCGCUCAUGCCGUCCGAUUCGAUUCCAUUAGAAGAUACGAUCAGUGGAUCAGUAGAUAAAAUGAUAAGCAGCGGAGUCCCAGCUGAGAAGAUCGUUGUUGGACUGACCAGCGGAGGACGAGCGUACAGAGUUUUGAUACGGCAGUCUGUUGGCGGUGAGAUCCAAAUAUCAGACUGA